UUGACUGCGGCCAUCGCGUGAAGAUUCAGCUCAGACCUCUUGGAAAUCAAUUUGAGGAAACAAACCAGUCCCAGAACCAUAUCACAAUUGGCACAUACCGAGCCCGACAUAAGGAAAACCCAGACAGGAGACCCAAGGAUGUGUGACACGGUGAAGACUUCAAGUGGCGCGGAAAUAACGGUGUGCACGCCCCACCAAUUGGAGAUGUGUCACCGCUGUGGGAUGUGUUUCGUCGACAUGAACAACGAAGCCAGAGCAGAGGCGCAGAUGGCCAAAGCUGCCAGGCAGCACGAGGACGGCGACCCACUCGACCCCGGGCAGCUUCGCGUCGGAACCGAAGUCCGGAUGCGCGAUGAGUCCGGCAGAAACCCUCCGAAACCACUCGAUGGACGAAUCGUCGGCGUCACUGAAGAGAUAAACGAGGAGAGCGAUUUCUGUGGAGAGACCUGCUAUGUCAUCAAACUGCGGGACAACAGUCUGAUGACCUAUCCCGUGGAUUGGGUCCACGAAGAGUGGUCUGUGAAGAUCGACGGACACUACAUCGCCGCCUCUAAGGUUCUCCAACUGGUCAGCUCGUAAUAAGCAAAAUCGAUUACAAUUACUUUCGGCGAUGAUCACUAGCCAAAUUUCUGAAAAUUUGACCUCGUCGGGCACUUGACAAAACGAAGGCGGCCCCCUUCCCAAGAGCUUGCAAACCCAAAAGCCUCAAAAACUUGUUCUUCACCUUCUCCUGUUAGCCCUUUGAUAAGAUUACUGUUCAGCAAGCCAGCAGGUGUUUUCGGACUAUCCCAUUCUCACGUUUUGAAACAAUUUGAUAGCAUUUUGGUCCGAUGCUAUAUCAGUAAAG